UGUGGCAGAGUGUGACUGGUUUUUGUUUUCUCAUCCAGCGAAAGCAUGAAGUUGCUCAUUUUGGUGGCUCUGUUCGGGCUUGGCCUUGCCCAGCACAACCCCCACUUUACAAAUGGAAGGACAGCCAUUGUCCAUCUGUUUGAGUGGCGCUGGGCUGACAUUGCUCAAGAGUGUGAACGUUUCCUGGGUCCCAAAGGCUUUGGUGGAGUUCAGAUUUCUCCUCCAAAUGAUCACAUUCUGGUGAACAGUCCCUGGAGGCCAUGGUGGCAGAGAUACCAGCCAAUCAGCUACGACCUCUGUUCGAGAUCUGGCAGUGAGGCAGAACUGAAGGACAUGAUCACACGAUGCAACAACGUUGGGGUUAACAUCUAUGUGGAUGCUGUGAUCAACCACAUGUGUGGAUCUGGUGGUGGAUCAGGAACCCACUCUUCAUGUGGAAACUGGUUUAAUGCUGGCAGUGAAGAGUUCCCCAGUGUCCCUUUUUCCAAAUUGGACUUCAAUGACCAAAAAUGCAAGACUGGCAGUGGCGAAAUUGAGAACUAUGGUGACAUAUAUCAGGUACGUGACUGCCGUCUGGUGGGUCUGCUGGAUCUCGCCCUGGAGAAAGAUUACGUUAGGGGCAAAGUGAGCGACUACAUGAACAAGCUGAUUGGCAUGGGUGUGGCUGGAUUCAGAGUGGAUGCCUGCAAGCACAUGUGGCCUGGUGAUCUGAAUGCUGUCUAUGGUCGUCUCAACGACCUUAACACCCAAUGGUUCCCCAGUGGCUCCAGACCCUUCGUCUUUCAGGAGGUUAUUGAUCUGGGAGGUGAGCCCAUUACAGCUAGCGAGUACGUCAGCCUUGGAAGAGUGACUGAGUUUAAAUAUGGUGCCAAACUGGGAACUAUCUUCAGAAGAUGGAACAAUGAGAAGCUCUCCUACACCAAGAACUGGGGAGAAGGAUGGGGUUUCAUGGCUAGUGGCAAUGCUCUUGUUUUCACUGACAACCACGACAACCAGAGAGGCCAUGGUGCUGGGGGUGCAUCCAUCCUUACAUUCUGGGACCCUAGACUCUACAAGAUGGCUGUCGGUUACAUGCUGGCCCACCCUUAUGGUGUAACCAGGGUCAUGUCUAGCUAUCGCUGGGACCGCAACAUCGUAAAUGGACAAGAUCAGAAUGACUGGAUUGGACCUCCCAGCAAUAGUGAUGGAUCAACCAAGCCUGUUCCUAUCAACUCUGACCAGACAUGUGGAGAUGGAUGGGUUUGUGAGCAUAGGUGGCGUCAGAUCACGAACAUGGUCAUUUUCCGUAAUGUGGUCAAUGGGCAGCCUCACUCCAACUGGUGGGACAACGGGAGCAACCAGGUUGCCUUUGGACGUGGGAAUCGUGGUUUCAUCAUCUUUAACAAUGACGACUGGAAUCUGGAUGUCACCUUGAAUACAGGCAUGCCCGCUGGCACCUACUGUGACGUCAUUUCUGGUCAGAAGGAAGGAAGCAGUUGCACUGGGAAGCAGAUCACAGUUGGUAGUGAUGGCCGUGCACACUUUGCGAUCAGUAACAGUGAGGAGGACCCCUUCGUUGCUAUCCAUGCUGAUUCUAAGUUGUAAAUCUACAAUUUACAAAUUUAAAUUCAAAUAAAGCCUCAUUUUAAAAUCGGAAA